AAGCCCAGUACGCCUACUGCGACCACAGAGAUCGAAGAACUGCGCAAGCCUCUUCGCUCAGCGAGGCAACAAAAAUAGAACCAUAGGAUGAUUGUAUAAAACAGCACCUUUAGACUGUCUCAUAGCAGACUUUUGCUAUAGAAAAGACUUCAAAUAAGAUGUCGUAAAAAAUUGUUGACAGAUUCCUAGAAAGGAUGCCCGGCAAAAUAACGCAAUUUUGAAGAUGUUCCAGCUGACUGAAAACGAGAAGAUAAUUAUUUUGUCAAUAUGCAUUGGUUUACUAGCCUUUACAACAUUGAUAACAAUAUGUGUAGUGGUCCCAUCCUGUUGGUUGCAUGUUUGCCUAAAGAAAAUUGCAAAAAAAAGAAAAUUAAAAUACGGAAUCGAAGGAUUAGAAGAAGGUACCUACAUCAAAUUGACCGGAGCACCUCAAUAUACUGUCGAAUGUGGACCUCCUGUGAUCCGAAGCAGUAGCAAAAGCAAUUCCUUGCAUGGAAAGAAUGGCCGCAAGAGAGAAGAUUCUACUUACAGCAGUAUGUCAUCAAGUAGCCAGGGCAAUGCAUCUGUUUCCAACUACAGCGAAGCUUCCAUUGAUGCCCCCAUAACAGAUGUUGAACAGGAUGCUAACUAUGGUCAGGUGACGUUCAGUGUUUGGUGCCGGAUGCAAGCUGGCUCCAAUAUUGGAGAACUUAUUGUAGUUUUAAAGGAAGCUCAAGAUCUGAUGCCUAGGUCUUAUGGAGGAACGUGCGACCCCUACCUUAUCUUGCAGCUCGUUCGAGAUAAAGGGCGCAAGAGAUGGUCUAAAUCCAGCUGUACAACCCUGUAUGAAUUCCGCACCAGUUCCAAGAAAAAGACCCAGCACCCCAUUUUCAAGGAAACUUUCAUCAUGGAAGUGAAUCAAACGGAUUUAAAGGAUGGCGCCUUGAAAAUCGAAGCUUAUGAUGACGAAAAAUAUGCGAACGAUUCCGAAUUGGGAGAGAUAACAAUUCCUUUGCGGGAACUUCCAUUUGGUCGAAAUGGAGAAGAAAACAAUACUACUCGAGAUUUCUUGGAGCCUCGAAAGGAAUACGGAGAGAUCCUCUUUGGCUUAAGUUACUUGCCUACAGCUGAACGACUUACUUUUAAUCUCACUAAGGCUCACAACUUAAAAAUGUCUGUUGAUGAUAUUGAAUCAUUUGCACCAUUUAUUCGAGUCCUACUGAUUCAUAAUGGAAAACUUUUGAAGAAGAAAAAGACAGCAUCCAGACAAGGCACGACCAGCCCGGUGUUUAAUGAGACGUUGACAUUUGAUGUCCCUCCAAGCCAACUGGAUCACGUGGUUUUCUUAGUGGUCGCGAGUCACCGGGAUCCCCAAGAUCAAUCUAUUUCUUCCCCUGAGAGUCCCACCUCUCCACCCACUAAUUCGGGAGCCAGGAAAAGCCGCCACAUUGGGAAAGUUGUCAUUGGAUCUUCUGCGAAAGGUCUGCCACUCAAUCACUGGAAGGCUAUGAAACAAUCGCCAAGAAAGCAAGUUACCCAAUGGCAUGUAUUAAGGUGAAGAUUUGUGAUCAGGACAAUUUGAAGAAAACUUCAUUUUCGAUCGUUUGCGAAGACAAUUCUUCUUUUGAUAAUAUCGGCAUAUUUGUUAACUACAGAUAAAAUAUAAUGUCCCCCCAAAAAAAUUCUUGCACUCCUUAAAUCUUGAAAUGUAGUUGAAUCUUAUUAAUGUAUAGGAUCUGAUAUCCAAGUUAGUAAUUUCUAACAUGGUAAGUAACAAGUUUGUCGCCAUAUAUUGUAUUACUUUUUGUAAAAUAAUAUAUGUUGUGAAUAUUUGUUUACUGUAAUUUAUAUAUAUUAUUGAUGAACUUAUUGCACACCAAAUCUCUUUUGAACAAUGUGAUACUUACAGUGAAUGUUUAACACUGAAAAUUGAUUAUAAUUGCUGGUGCUUCGUAUCAAAUAUAUGUUUCAUAAAAUGAUGCGUACAAUGAAGAAAAUUUAUUUUUAUUCCGAGCAUAUGCAGUUAGAUCAAGGUUUCCUUAACUCUCCUUUUGAAUUAUAACUCUUUUCUGAGGGGAAAAAUUUUGUAAACUGGAAAAUAACAAAAUUGUGUAUUAAUUAAUAAUAUUAAUGACAAUACAUUUAAUUUAAAAUGCUUGUUGAGUAAUUUUUAAAGAAAUAUUUUAAAACAUGAUUCAUUUCAGGCGCAAAAUAAUUGAAGGUUCCCUUGAAGUUGCAAUCAACAUUUUAAAAAGCAUUGAAUUAAAGUGUAAAUGUAAAGAAAUAGUUAUUGAUUUUCAAAUAACGAUUGAGCCAAUUAAAAUAUGGAAAGGAAGUCACAAUGUAUUUUUAUUUAGAAACUAAAAAUUCAGAAAAAAAAAAGAAAAAAAAAACAAUUUUAGAAACUAAAAAUUGAGCCAAAUUACGGCAUUAGUACGAUUCUAUUUUUUUUAAACGUAAUGUCAAAGAAAAUUUAAUUUGACAUUUGUUCUAUGCUUGCAUGGUGCUAAUUAUUUUAAUUGCGUCAUGUAACAAAGAAAAUACAUUUUAAGAGAAUCAAAAAUAUCAAAUGUUUUUUUUUUCUUACUGUAAAGAGACAUAACCAUUAAGCUGUAAAAUGUAAAGAGACAUAACCAUUUUAUUGUUAAAAAUAAACUAAAACAAAUAAUUAAUUUUUCUCCCCGCCUUUUUUAAAAACCCUAUCAUAGUUAGAGAUUAAAAAUCGAUAUAAAACUAUUUAUUAGCUAUGAAAAGCGUUUUUCAAGAACUUUAUAUUUUACUAUGUCUUUUUAUGAUUCUUGAUUUGUGAUCGGAAUCGAGCUACUUACGAAAAGCUUCCAAUCUAAAUAUCUAUAGAUCUCAUCAAUUGAGAUGUCCUGCUUCCAGGAUUAUUUACAUCUAUAUCUGGCAGAAAAGAAAUACUGCUUUCAGUAAAUAUAGUUUAAGGUUGUUGCUUUUAUCUCAUUGUAGUCAAUUUAUAAACCUCAAAUGCACAAUGCCAAUUUUGUAUUACUUUACAUAUCUUACUGGAGAAAAAAGUGAAAGAUGUCACAGCUCAGCUUAAAUCAAUGCGUAGUUAUCUUUGUUAUGAUGUUAUGAUACCACAUGAAUAAAUCAAAUGGAAAUUAAUAGAAACUAUUUUACUUUCAUUUAUUCCAAAAUCGCAUAUGUUAUUUUGAAACGGACUUUUAAAAAAGUUUUUACUUCUACAAUAAUCAAUACUUUUUCUGUUUUUCAAUUAUUUUUUUUUAAUUAUCAACAGAAAUGUUUUAUUUAUAAAAGAUGAUUUUCUCAUCUUUUUAGCGUCCGGAAAAUUGAUCAAAAUGUGUCUAUAGCACAAAAUUUUCCCAUAUAAAGCUAAAAUAGUUUCUAUAAUUGUUUGUGGAUCUAUAAAAGUGGUUAGAAAAUGCAAAUGUGUGAAAAGUAGUUUGCAUUGCACUAUCAUGCGCAAGAUCUGCCGAAGCUAAAGCUGUACUAAUACCGAACAAUAGUAAUCGUCGAACAAGAAGAUAGCAACAUUGUAUAGUAGAGCAAUAACUGUUGUAUUAUUCUGCAUUAUCUUAAUAGAAACAAUUUCAAAACCUAUAGUACUGUGAAAGAAGAUAAUUUGUAAUGAAAUGUAGCGUAAAUUAUGUUUUCACAUUUAAUUAAAGAAUUGUUUUGUAUCUUAUAACUGCGUUUUAAAUUUUCGUUUCAAAGAAAGAUAUACAGUAUUUGGAUUUAGUAAAGUUUGGUAAUUGAACUGUGUUGCAUGGUUUCUCUUCUAGAAUAAAAUGCAUGCUGGACUGAGAAGGGUAUCGUUAAUAUAAUGGAAAUUCAUUAACAUUAGUAAUGAUAACGUAUUAAUGUGUAGCUUAGCCAUUUAAAAUAUGCAUGUCUUGCUCUCAAGAACUAAAAGUUUUGCAGUCAACUACUUGCUUUUUAUUAAAUGCUUUUAUUCGACUUUGCAUGUUUCCGAAAUUGGAGAAUUUUGUACCAGAUUUCUGAGAUUCUGUAAAAUUAUUGAUGGCAACAGAAUAUUUAAAAAAAAUUAUGUUCAUAAUUAUAAAUUAAUGCAUUAAUUUAUCUAAAAAUUCAUUUCACAGAAGCGAUGUUUUUUAGAAUUCAGUUUCGGUUUAGAAAUAUUAAUGUUUACAUUCCACAAUAUUUAUGAUCAUGAAUUAAGAAAUCUAAAAGUCUAAAGAGCAGAAAAUAUUAAAAAUAAUUAAUACUUUAUUCGUAUUGUAAAAAGUAGGGAAUAAAACUUGAAAUCUAAAAUCUUACAAUAUUGUAAGCAGAUUAACAUAUAAUGAAAACACGAUGAAGAAAUUUUGGAUAUUGGUUAAAAGUUAACGUAAAUUAUAAAUGUUAUUAAAAUUCAAAUUUAUUUUGAGUAUAUCUAUCAGAAUCCCGGUAUUUUACGAUUUUAUUUUAGCAUUCAUGUUUUUGAUUUAAAAAAAAAUAUUUAAAGUAAGAAAAUGAAAAUUGUAUGAAAAUAUAAGAAUUAAAAUAUUUGUCCUUGGAAUAAGAAGACAACUAUGGUGAACUAGAAUAUUUAAUAUAUAGAUUGCUUGCGAGGAUAUUGAUUUUUAGAAAUCUAGAAUAUUAGUAGGAGAUAAUUUUCUUGACGAAGAAAUAUUCUGUGAUAGUUCAGAAUAUGGAUGUAAGCUUAAAAGUAGCAACCAAUAUGGUACAGUAGUUUGCUUCAGUGUUGCAGCGCUAGCGUGACCACGUUAGAUUCUUGGAUACGGUUUAGGCGUUUUACAUCUCUCUGUCUCUCUCUCUCUCUCUCCCACCCCUUAAGCCACUGUGAAUAUCUUAAGAAAAAUGCCCCUACAUAUUCAUUAGAAGUUGAAAUAUAUUGUGAAUAUGGGCUGUUCACAUUUCAAUUUACUUAAAUAUUUCCAUUAGAUGUUAACUCUUUCAUGGUUUUAACAUCCAUAUUUUUGAUUAAAAAAAUUAUUAAAUGUAAGAAAUUAAGGAUAUAAAAAGAAAAAUUAUUCUUAAAAAUUAUUAAUGAGUGCUGGAAAAUUAAAUAUGUAGAUUAUGUACAAAUUACAAUAUUUAUUCUUAGAUAUUUUAAAUAUUAUGAGAAGAUAAAUUUCUUCACGGUGAAAUUUUAUAAUACUGAUUAGAAUAGAGAUGUAAACUUAAAACAAACCGUCCGAUUUGGUUAAAUAAUGUGAGAACCAGGUUUGCACCAUUGAGUGAUUGGGUUCGAAUUCUGAAAAAGUUUGAAUAUUUUUUAUGCGAGUCCGAUUUCCACUGCUAUCUUGCUUCAAAAAGGGGUACGACACCACUCCCUUAGUUAGUGUUAGUUGUGUUAUAUUAAAAUUUCUUCAUACUUUCCUUGUGUAUGUACAUUUUGCAUGGUGAUAGAAUUCAAAUUCUGAGUUGUUCUAGUUGUUUUUUAAAUGAUUUUGAAUGUUUCGUGUUUGUAUGGAUGUCAAUUUUUCACUCGUUUCCUAGUGUUCUUAAUGGUCUCGAGGACAAUAAAAUAUUCUACAGUUCUAGAAUUCUUAAUUAUUAAUUAACUUAUUUAGCUAAAAAAAACAUUUUAUAGAGGUAACGACGUGCAUGACUUUAAUUUAAUAAAAAGGUCUUAAACACCAUUUUAUUAGUGUUGUAAAAAAGAGAAAAUGAUAUUUAUCAAAGCUCUAGUAACAUUAUAAAGAAAUUAAUACACAUUGAAAACACGAGGAAGAAAUUCUGUGCAUUCAUUAAAAGUAAUAUCAUGCCACCAAUUUCCACUUAGCUGUUCCGGAUCCAUGGGCAAAAGAAGUGAAAUAAAUUAUAGGGAUGAUUGCUUUGGAAGAUGUGGAAGACACCGGUGAGUGCGUCUUAAUAGGAUUUCCAAAAGGAAGCCCCGAGAUAUGAAUUUUAAAUUUGAAUCUUAAUUGUACAUAUGUAAAUAACCAUUAUUUACUCGAGAUGAUAUAACAAAAUCGUUUUGCAGAAUAAAGUGUCAUGUCAAGGCUCGUGGCAGUUAAAAUAUAUCACAAACAUGAUUAAAACUCCAUUCUACUUAAAGUAUUUCUAUUAGAAUAUCUGAUUUUACGAUUUUGAUUUGAUAUCCAUAUUUUUGAUAAAAAAUGAAUAAAAGUAAAAAUUAAGAAUAUUAUAAUAAAUAAUAAUUAAAGUUUUUAUUUUUAGAAUAGGAAUGCUGCUAAUGCAAACAGGAAUAGAACAUCAGAUAUCACUCUAAUAGAAUAUCGUAUAUAUAGGUUAUGUACAAAUUAGAAUAUUUAUUUUUAGAUGUUAGAAUAUUAUUAGAUGGUAAUUUUCUCGACGAUGAAAUUUUAUGGUUGUUUAAAAUAUAGGUGUAAACGUAAAACGAUCGAUUUUGUGUAAUGGUUUACGUAUGGCGUUGCAGCACUACCGUGGCCGCGCUUUAUUCCCGGAUAAAGCGUAACUGCUCCUCGCCUUUUUAAAAAAAUCUUUAUCUCUCUUAAACGUGCCGCUGUGAGGACAUAGAGUUGCAUGUAUAUUUAGACAAAACAAAUAUAGCAAAAAAAUUUUAUUUAAAAAGCCCUUUAUGGAGAUCGCACCUAUUAACUUUGGUUGCUAAUCAAAAUAAUUGUUUGGUCUUUCAAGGAAUUUAUCCGGUGAGUGCGAGCAGCAAAGGAUUAAAAGCAUCUAAUUAGUUUUUGAUUGGCAAAGGAGCGAUAAGACUUAACCACAAUGAGCAUUGUAAGAAAAAAUUACUGAGAAGCCAGAAAAUAAUAAAUAUAAAAAUGUUUUUAAAAACGCUUUUAUCAGCGCACUAAAAAUGAAAAAUCCCUUUUGUUAAAUAAUUGAAGGUCAGAACAAAAAUCGUAAAAUCAAGAGGCGUAGGAAAAAGUAGGAUAAGGCUAAAAAUUCACAAUGAAUAUUAUAAAGAAACAAAAAAAUCCAAAAUAUUCAUGCUAUUAAAAUUACAAUACGUCAUAAAUCUGAUUAUAAUUUCAAUUUACUUAAAGCUUUUCGAUCAACGCCGUUUGCUUUUACGGAUUUUGUUUUGACUUCUAAGUUUUCUGUAAAAAUUAUUCUUCCUUUUAAAAAUUUUUAUGCUUUUUAUUCCAUUUCAGUUUAUCAGUUAAUUCCAAUACAUUUUUUCUAUACGAUUCUUUUGUAGUUAUAAAGAAGUCCUUCAGUAUCACUGGGGAUCUAUGCUAUUGUCAUAGGUUGAUGAUUUUGUGAAAAUACUUAUUAGUAUGGUGUACUAUUAUUAACGUAGAAGAAGCUCCUAAACCAUAAAUAGUUGUUAAUAAUGAAAAUGUAUUUGAAAUGAACACUGUAUGAAAUGCUAGCAAUUUAUGUCAUCUGUUAACUAUUUAUGCUGUAGAAAUGUAAAUUUACCCUCUAUCAUAAAUGGAAACAUUUUUAAAACCUGAUUUUAUAUGAAAUUUUGUUGGCAUAUGAAACCAAAGAAGUGUGUAGUUAAAAAGAUAUAAAUAUAUAUGUAUAUGGCUGACUGUGUUGUGAUUAGAAUAUCAUAGUAUUAUCCUCAGAAUAAUUUACAAUUUGUUGUAGUAUUGUAAAAUGUGAUAUAUAUUUAAAAAUUGUUUGUACCCAAACUGUGUUUACUGUC